CCAACCAGUCCCACUCUUUUAUCCCCAGUCUGUCGUCGUAUUUCGUACAGCACACAACAGUGAGCUGCUGGCCUUUCCAUAUUAUUAUCAACCUCAUUCGGUUAUUUUUCUUUCGUCUUAACAUUUGUAUGAGUGCAAGGAAACACAUUUUUGCUUUUUUUUUAAAACAAACAACCAGUGGCCUGGCUUCUUUAACAUUUUUCUUCACACCAGUUGUUAUCAAAAUUAUUCAGUUAAUAAUUUCGUCUGCUGCCAAAGCCAACGGAAUGCCCUGUUGACCUUGUUGGUACAACAACAUUAAACGGUAACUUUUAAACGGCCAUCGACAGACACACACACACGUACAACAUUUCAUCAUGAAAUUGAACAAACAAGAAAGCGACGACUGCAACGCUCCGGUAUGGCAGCAACUUCUUCCGACAUCCGUUCCAACAUCGGUGGUGGAGAGUGGUGAAGUACGAGUCAACAUUCCCUGUGCAGAUGCAACUACUCCGGAUGAAGAAAAACCCAGAAAAGCCAGUAAUUGGUUUCCGUCAUUCGCGCCCUCGUGGAGCGAACGACAGAGUUUACGUAAUAACGGAACAGGAGAAGAAGUCUUCCGGCCGAAAAUCAAGAGCACAUCCAGCAGCACCGGAUCGACCGAUGGAGAUCAACCACCCAAAUCUUCCACAGAGAAGAGAUCAUCCAGUCCGCUCAUGAGGUAAUUAAUUUUAUUUAGUUUCUUCUUUCACUUCGUCUGAGAUUCGUAUAUUAUCAAUCUUGUUUUUCUUCGGUCUGCUGCGGAUGUGCUCGCCUUCCUUGGCAUUCGCUAUCUCAAUUAAAGAAUCAAGCUCCUCCCACAAACCACAUGACGUGAUAAAAGCAAACAAUCUGUUUUCUUCACGCCUUUGCAGAUAAGGCCGAGUCGUUAAUGUUUUGCAAACAAAAAAGGGAUAUCCAAUGGGUUCAAUUAGGGAUCACAUUCGUGUUUCAAUGAAUAAGGCAUCAAGUCAACUUGGAAGAAAAUGAACUGGUUCGAUCCACACGGAUCAAAGGUCUCCAAGAUAGAUUUUUACUGGGUCCUAGCUCGUUGCGAUUGUUUGAUAGUAUAGUAUAGUGCCCGAUUUGAUGAACGGAAUUGUCAAGUAGUCGCCAAGAUAUUUUUUUAAAUUUAAGAAUUCAUCGUGGGAUGUUGUAUCGGUUCCCGCCGAGAAGCGGUUUGAUCCGGCUCCCGUUGCCUAUUGCAACUUCGUGAUUUUGUGCAGGGAAACGUGAAAUUUUUGGCAGCUAUUUGUCACUCUUAAUAGAAAGUUCCUGACAAUCCCCUAGAAAAGUUUUUGACUUUUAUAGAGAUUUUGAUCUGAUGGAUCUACGAUUUUUUCCUGGUUUCAAAAAAACGGCUGUACGAACCAAUUUUAACAAUGAAUAAUGCCGCAACACGUUCUUACAGCUGGGCGCAGAGUGUCGAACGGUGCGGCUUGUUUUGUGUCAAGGCAGCUUAGAGCCUGGCCACAACAACAACAACAUAUAGAAUGGAGGUAAGAGACCUUGGGCCCUUCAGUCGGGCGCUCCAGGUGCGAGAAUCAAGACGCACGCAGGUGCUUUGCUCUCUCUAUCUCUCUCUCUGCCAUUUAAUUCUUUUUUUUUUACACCUUUGACAAAGAAAAUUAUGGUUAAUACCUCCGACACUGGAUACGGUCAGGAAGAAGGUGUUGAACUGAUGUCCCAAAAUGACGUCAGGUACAGACAAAACCGAUGGAGUUCACGAAGGAUCCGAAAGCGUGUCGUGUUAAAAAAUGGCGAGUGCAACGUCGUUCAGAGCAAUGUGGCCAAACGAAGGCGUCGCUAUCUGGCUGAUAUUUUCACUACUAUGGUCGACAUCCAGUGGCGCUGGACGCUUCUCAUCUUUACAGCCAGCUUUGUAUUGAGCUGGAUGGCCUUCGCCGUCCUAUGGUGGCUCAUUGCUUUCACUCAUGGCGACCUAGAACCCGAGCACCUUCCCGAUAAUCAAGGAGCAUCCGGCUGGAAACCAUGUGUCGGCAACAUUCACGGAUUCGCUUCGACGUUUUUGUUCAGCAUCGAAACUCAACACACAAUCGGCUACGGCUACAGAUACACGACCGAAGAGUGUCCUGAAGGCAUUUUCGUCAUGUGCAUUCAGAGUAUUAUUGGCGUAAUGAUUCAGGCAUUUAUGGUGGGCGUCGUCUUUUCGAAAUUGACUCGACCAAAGAUGCGAGCCCAGACGUUGCUGUUUAGCCGCUCGGCUGCUAUCUGCCAACGGGACGAUCAACUCUGUUUGAUGUUCCGCGUGGGUGAUAUGCGCAAAUCUCACAUCAUCGACGCCAGCAUCCGCGCCCAGAUGAUUCAAAUGCGAGUGACCAACGAAGGCGAAAUGAUUCCAUACUUUCAGUACGAGUUGAAAGUUGGUUUCGACCACGACGAGAGCAAUCUGUUUCUCAUCUGGCCCAUGACGGUCGUUCACAAAAUCACGCCCGACUCGCCGCUAUACAACGUUUCGGCUUCCGAUCUGCUUAAGGACAAAUUCGAAAUUGUCGUUAUCCUGGAGGGCACCGUUGAGUCGACCAGUAUGACCACACAGGCCCGCUCUUCCUACCUGCCUUCCGAGAUCAAAUGGGGUCACCGGUUCGAGCCGCUCGUAUCCUUCCGCAAGGAUACCGGCCAAUACGCUGUCGACUAUAGUCUCUUUAACAAUACCUACGAAGUGGACACGCCACUUUGCAGCAGCCGGGACUUGGAUGAGUUCAAGAAACUCCGCGAGGAAAACCAAACAGGUAACGUGCCAGCAACCAAGCAAGUGACACGACCAGUGCAGCAGACGAUGCCUUUGCAGACGAUACCAUUGCAGACGAUGCCUCUGCAACUCACUUACAACCGAAAUUUGUUGAUCGAUCCAGCGAUCGUCAACACUCCAAUGAUGAGGGGAGCCGCACCUCUGGCCUUAUCUCCUGCUCCAAUCGCGACCGUCAUCAGUUCCAGCAAUAUCAUGCGACCAGCAGCAGCAGUAGCAGCAGCCAUGUCCGCACCAGUAGUGAACCGAGUUGAUCCACCGACCAGCGACUCUGCUGCCACGUGAAUAAUCUAGUGUGUUAAUUAACAAACUAAUAAUUUCCAUCAUCACCCAGUAAAAUGGGAUAAUGUAGAAAAGAAAAAGCCAGAAGAAUACUUUUUGCCUUAUAACUAGGUCUUCGCAUACCGUAAUGUGCAUUUUCACCCUUUUAUAUCCCCUGAUUAUAUAUAUAAAUAUUAUUGGUCGUUUAGGAUUCAAGUAACAAUCGUCAAUAAAAAUAAAACAAACACACAAAACACGUAAUUGUUGCUGGAACGUUAUGUACCCUUACACUCACUCGAUUCGUGUAUUGAAAUAAUAGCGAAAUUUUGUCUUCCAAAAUGUAAUGCCUUGUUCUGCCUUUUGUGUGUCUACGCACAACGAACACAACCCGACACCGAGAAGAACUCUCGAAUGUCUUCUCUUUCAUUACAUAUAUAUAUAUAUAUUAUUCUUUUUUUUUAUGUUUUUGAUUUUGUAUCGUUCGUCAUAGACCGAUUAAAUAUUUGUAUGCGGAACCUUUGGUUUCAAUACAUCAUGAAUGUGAAUUUUCA